AUGUCAUUUCGUUUGGCAGGUUUGUCUGCUGAAAAUAUUUUGCGAAAAGUUUUGACGAUUUCUACAUUCCAUCACUUCUCAAUCAUGUUUGCAUCAUAUUAUAUGGUAGUGAUCGCUUUGCCGUUGUAUAUCGCGCAAAUAACGGUGUCAAAUGAUGGCAGUUUGCCAAUUCAAGCAGAAAUAAAAAAUGACAACGAAAUAACGACUGUGGCUAAUGACAGUAAGGCAAAAGGAGAACGGUUCAAAUGUGUGGUGUGCGAUAAGCAAUUGGGAUAUGCAAGUACUCUGAAACGCCACAUGAGGAUACAUACCGGUGAAAAAAACUACACAUUAUGCAGCAAAGCAUUCAACGAUCGUUCAAAUCUGCAGAGACACAAAUUGACGCACGAAAACGUACGACCAAACAAAUAUAAACAGUGUGGUACGAAUUUCGCUCAUAAUUGUAAUUUGAAAAAACACGUGAAAAUGCGUAAAAUUUCGAGUGAGAGGCUGUAUUCUACAUCGGGCGAUCUGAAUCAAAAAAAAUCGGAGCACGUGGAAAUACGACCAUUCAAAUGUGAAACAUGCGUUAAAGCAUUUAAAGUGCAUCACCAUCUGAAACGCCAUAUGAAGACACAUUCAGACGAUAAGACAGAGAAAUGCAACUUAUGUUGUAAAGCAUUCAAACACCGUUCAGCACUGCAGCAACACAAAUUGACGCACGACAACAUGCGAUUUAAAUGUAAGCAAUGUGGUAGGAAAUUCACUCAAAAGGAAUAUUUGAAAGAACACAUGGCAAUACAUCAAAGUUCGAGUGAAAAGCUAUAUUCGACAGUUAGCUCCUUAUCGGCAUCGAUAGCAGAUAUCAUCGACACAGAAAUAUUAAUAAGGGGAAUAAUUACAUUCUCAGCAAUAUAA